AGGACAACAAGUUCAUGGUCGUCGGAGGGGGGGGAAGACAACCCAAGGGUUAAAAGAAGACCCCUCCUAUCAGCCAAUCAUAAAGCCAUGAGGCCCGAGGACAGGCUCACACCGGACAGCGCCGCAGCACUGGCCUCUCCAUCUCUCCAGGAUGCUCCUCUUCCUCAGCCUGGCCGCCCUCUUCUCCGCGAGCGUCCCCACGGAGACGAACCAGACCUCCAGGCCGCCGGCCGAGAGCGGAGAGCAGUGCAUGGCCUGCGACUUCCGGGAGCACAGCAAGCAGAUGAGGCUCCACAGCAUCAAGUCACAGAUCCUCAGCAUCCUGCGGCUCCAGCAGGCUCCCAACAUCAGCCGGGACAUGAUCCGCCAGCUGCUCCCCAAAGCGCCUCCUCUGACGCAGCUCCUGGACCAGUACGACCCGCGGGUGGAGGACGAGGACCACGCCACGACAGAGACCAUCAUCACCAUGGCCACCAAGCUUGAUCCGACCGCCCAGGAAGAGUUGUCCUCCUGUUGUGUUUUCAGCCUCAGUCCGAAGAUCCAACCCAAAAACAUCCUGCGCGCUCAGCUUUGGGUGCACCUGCGGCCAGCCGACGUGGUCACCACCGUCUUCUUGCAGAUCUCUCGCCUCAGACCCGGGAAGGAGGGAAACGGCACCCGAGUCCGAGUACGCUCCCUGAAGAUUGACGCCGAUGCCGGCGCUGGGUCCUGGCAGAGCAUUGACAUCAAGUCUCUGCUGCAGGCUUGGCUGCGUCAACCGGAGGCCAACUACGGGAUCGAGAUCAACGCCUACGACUCCAAUGGAGGAGAUCUGGCUGUCACCUCGGCAGAGCCUGGAGAGGAAGGACUGCAACCGUUCAUCGAAGUGAAGAUCCUCGACACGCCCAAGAGAUUCCGCCGCGACUCGGGCCUCAACUGCGACGAGGAGUCCGCAGAGACCCGCUGCUGCCGCUACCCGCUCACCGUUGACUUCGAGGAGUUCGGCUGGGACUGGAUCAUCGCGCCCAAACGCUACCGGGCCAACUACUGCUCGGGGGAGUGCGAGUACUUGCACCUGCAGCAGUACCCACACGCGCACCUGGUGAACAAGGCCAACCCGCGGGGCACAGCAGGGCCCUGCUGCACUCCUACCAAGAUGUCGCCCAUCAACAUGCUCUACUUCAACCGCAAGGAGCAGAUCAUCUACGGGAAGAUCCCGUCCAUGGUGGUGGACCACUGCGGCUGCUCCUGAGGAAACCCAGGCGUCUGCAGGACAAAGGCUCGAUCAUAGAAGCUUUGUUUUUCAGCAAAAGUGAUGCAAACGAUUCUCUAUUUUGUUACUAAACUUAGACCCAGCAACAUCCCGUCUAUCAAAGAAAUGCAAGGACAGGACUCCUGAAGUUGUUUUAAGUUUCGUACUUUAUGCUUUUUUUUGCCAAUUUCAGACCAAACGCUCUGAAACGAGUGAUGUUCUUUUCUGAAGGAUCGACUAACUCCUGCCGCUUUCUGUCCUCCCGCCUUAUGAAAACGUGUCCCGAUUUGAGCCUUGACCAGAACAAACCCUGCAGGGCGUCUUCCAUGUGUGCCUUCGUUUUGAAAAACACGAAACCCUAAAUGCCUCCGAGCUGACAGGUCGCCCCGUCCCCAAAAGCUUGUUUGCAAACUCCUCGCUGUGAUUUGUUCUCGAGAGCGUCGCAGAAAGUCAGCAAUGUUCUUACUGACUGAGAUGGCUGCCCCGUAUUAAUAUAAUAAAUACAUGGCGAGUUGACGACCAGCACAAAGGGAAAGGGAUAGGCUGAGAGACCUGUCAAUCAAGCUAAACUUCUAAUCGAAUGUUAAUGGUACCCCUGUGAGUAUAGAAUGCCGUUUCUUUUUCCAAUAUUAAUUAAAUAAAUGAAUAUGCCAAUAAAAUAAACUUUUAGUUUUAUUUAUUCCCGGGGACUUUUAUUUGGAUGUAUUUCAUAGGCAUGUUUAUUAUUUAUGUGUUUUAUUCAUUUAUUUAAUUUUGAAUAAAAUGGCAUUCCAUAUGUAAGGUUUUUAAUCAAACACAAGUUCACUGUGUCAUGUCCUAGGGGUCUAAAGGUUACAGCAUCAGAAGACUUUUUCCUCAAACAAUUUUUACAGAUUCAUUUUUGAAACAAAUACACAACUUAUAGUGUCUGCAUAAUGUAGAAAAGAUACCAGAGAAAAUGUCAGCCCAUUCCCUUAUCCCUGCCCCUAACCCUCCUCCGGGUACUUCAAAUCACUUUAAUUUGACAAAUUAGUCUAGGAAUUAAAAAAAAUAAAUAAAAAAAAGUGCUUGAAGUCAGGUUAAAGAAAAAUGUAAUAAACAACAGAAUGUACAUGUAAAUACCUAGAUGAAUAAUGCUGCGUUCCAGGCAACCCGUAACUCGUGUUUUCACAACCUUCUACCAGUGAAAGUGCCCUGGAACGGCAGUCAAACCCAUAACCUACUACUUGUGAACUGGUACCAGAUCAUUGUACUCCCAGUUACAGUUUUUGACGUCACACACACACAAACAACAAUGUCAACCCCUGUUGAUGCUGU